AAUCCCCCAUGGCUGCCGUGCCGCCGACGCCACGCCACGCCUACGGCUACCUCAUCCGGCAUUCCGGCCAAACCUAUCCGCCACUCGGUCGGCCCAUGCCGCGCCCCUGGACCCGUCAAUAAUCAGCACCGCGCCGGCGCUGAUCCCGGCGCGGGGUUUUUUUUUUUUUUUUGUCCCGUCCCGUCCCGUGCCGUGCCGCCGCACUAUUCGACGCCGCCGCGGCCCGCGAGAGGGGAUGGCGUCCACGGCUCGCCCGCUCCGCUCUUAUAACAGCCGCUUCCUACGUCUCUCGCGCAUCCCUUCCGAGCGGAAGCGGCAGCCCGUCAGGUUAUAGCUCACUCUUGAUCGCUUCCUGGUUUGCUAAGCGAUUUGCCUCUCGUGGUUCGGUGACGGAUCGGAGGCGCUGCGAAUUCGAAGCUGGUUUCUCUGGGCUAAGUCGAUUCGGACUUACUUGUUCAGUAGGUGUAGUGUAGGCGUGUAGCUCGAUAGACGAGAAGAAUAUUUGGCGUCGAAGUUUCAGCUAAGCAACGAGAUCAGGAAGUUUCAGCAAAGCUCCUGGAUUAAAUAUUUGGCAUCAUAGAGGUUCGCAAACCGUUUGGAAUCUAGCUAGCUAAGAACAAUGCAUCCUCGGUUGAUCUAGGAAUGUAAACCCAAUUUAUGAGUCUGAAUAGGACCAGGCAUCAGGAUCCUAUAUGUGGGCUUCGGUUAAAACAACGAGGCGACUUCAUUUUUUUAUCCAGAUUCCAAUAACAGUCCGAAUUCGAGACAAACAUGCGUGCAUGCAGUUCGAAGUUGCCUUGUUAUUAUAUUUUUCACACGCUUUCAGUGAGAUAUACUAGAACUCGUCACUACAGCAUUACAUGAAUUUUUGCAGGAUUCAAAUCUGCCGGAAACCUGUAUCUUCAUCCAGUAUCAAGGGGAAGUUCUGUUGUUGUGUGUUCGGUGAUGGAUACAUCCAAAAGCAAGCAAGGACCAGAACAUCUCCUUGUUCUUGUCCAUGGUAUCAUGGCUAGCCCCAAAGACUGGACAUAUGGGGAAGCAGUGCUGAAGAGGCGGUUGGGUGAUGAUUUUUUCAUAUAUGUGCCGGUUUAUGAACUAAAUGGAUGUUAAAAAAAGUGUAUGCAAACAUCUUUGUCUACAGCUAGUUCAACGAACAGCUACACCAAAACCUUUGAUGGGAUUGAUGUUGCUGGAAGAAGGUUAGCAAAUGAAGUCUUGGAAGUGGUUAACAAGAUGCCCAGCUUGAGAAAGAUUUCCUUCCUAGCGCAUUCUCUGGGUGGUUUGUUUGCUAGAUAUGUUAUUGCAAUACUCCACUCAGUCUCAGUGGAAACAAAGAAUGCAGGACAGAGUAGUGCACUUAUUGUUCCUACAACAAGAGGGCCAGCAAAAUCGAGAUGUGCUUCAGGAUUAGGUUCUAUUGCUGGAUUGCGGCCAAUUAAUUUUAUUACCUUAGCAACCCCACACCUUGGGGUUAGAGGGAGAAAUCAGCUUCCGUUUCUUCAAGGCCUAUCAAUCCUAGAAAAGCUUGCUGCGCCUUUGGCUCCUUUAAUUGUUGGGCGCACCGGUGCUCAACUCUUCCUCACUGAUGGUGAUCCUAGCAAGGCACCUCUCCUGUUACAGAUGGCAUCCGACUGUGAUGACAAAAACUACAUAUCAGCCUUGGCAGCUUUUAAGAACCGUGUCCUGUAUGCCAACGUCUCGUACGACCACAUGGUCGGCUGGCGAACGUCUUCACUAAGGAGAGAGAAGAAUCUUAUAAAGCCCUCACAUCGUUCACUGGAUGGCUAUAAGCACAUUGUGAAUGUGGAAUACUGUUCGCCCGUGUCAUCGGAGGGCCCACAUUUCCCUUCCAAGGCUGCCAGAGCUAAAGAAGCUGCACAGCGAUCGCCAAACCGAGAAAAUACCGAGGAGUACCACCAAAUGAUGGAGGAAGGUUGGCUGGAAGAAGGUGGACGUCAACUUCCAUUCGUCAUUCUGGCCUUACUCUGCUCACAACAACAUACACGUCAAGAACGAGUGGCUUCACAAUGCUGGCGCUGGUGUUAUCGCGCACGUUGCGGACAGCAUCAAGCAGCAGGAGUCACGGCCAUGUCUUCCUGCCAAUCUAUAGCAGUAGCAUUCAGCAAUCCAUUUGUUCAAAUUAUCUGUCGCUAGCAAAUAAACCCAUGACCAAACUCUGUUCGUCAGCAUCCACUGAGCGGCGAAAUAUUUGGGACUGGGACACACAAUAAGCUGUGUAUCAUUAUCGGCCGCCUAGGUUUUACAUUGUUUGAUGUCAAUUGUCAAAUGGCAUGUGUUUCCUCAUGGAACAGACGAAGCAUUCGAAGUUGAUAUAAAGACAACCUAAAUUGUCAUA